AUGAUAUCAGUACGGAUUGUUCUCACAGAUCAUUAUCUAACAUCGGUUAAUUCACAAUUCGAUCCUGUAUAUUCUAAACUGCGACAUCCGAUAAAACAAGUACCAAUCAUUCGCAUAUUCGGACCGAAUGAAGCGGGAAAGAAAGUUUGCCUUCAUGUGCAUGGAGUCUUUCCUUAUUUACUUGUGAAAUCACCCACGGAUGAAAUACGUUACGGUGAACAAUUGGCGCAAAGUUUAGAUAUGGCAAUUAAUUUAUCGUUUGAAAAAGGAAAUAUUGAAACAAAACAUGUUCAUGACAUAAAAUUGGUUGAGUUAUUACCUAUCUAUGGCUAUCAUGACAAAAUGGUUAAGUUUUGGAAAAUUGAAUUUUAUAAUCCUGCGAUUAUUCGAAAAGCAUCUGAUCUUCUCUUAGCUGGUGCUGUAAUGAAUCAAGAAUUUCAACCCCAUGAAGCUCAUGUUCCAUUCAAUCUGCAAUUUUUUAUUGAUUAUAAUUUAUACGGUAUGAACUUUAUACUAUUCAAUAAUGCUGCUGAACGGCAAUUAUCAAAUAUGACUACGAAUCUCUCAGCAGCAACGAAUCAAACCACAAAUAUAUCAUCUAUACAACGAGUAUCAUCUUGUAAACUUGAAUAUGAUGUACAUAUCGAUGAUAUUUGCAAAGGUAUUGCUAAUCCAGGUUUACAAGCUCUGUGGAAUGGUGAACGAACUAGACGAGAACAUUUAAAGAUUAUUGACCGUUUAACACCACCAACAUCACCUGAACGUCCUCAUGCAAAUCCAUUUGUUGCUGAGACUCGUCAUCAAGAAAAAUUAAAAGCUAAUAUUCAAAAACGGCCUCCACCUACUGAUGAAGUACUCGAAUCGAGCCCUCCAGUUAAUCUUGAUGAUACAACAAUAGAUUUAGCACGAAUUGAACGAGUCAAUUCAAUGAGUCAAGAAAUCGACGAUGAAGUUCUCGUACAAAUGAUGGUCAAUGAUGAAAUAAGUGAUUCACAAGGAAUUGAAAAUGAUAGUAUUUUAGCUGCUGAUGUCAAACAAUUAGAUGAUGAAGAAUUGUUAGAUAAUGAUGUAGAAAAAACUGUUGUUAAUACUUCAAUACUUACAUCAGAUAUAGAAUCUGAUACAUUAAGCGUAUUAUCACCAACAUUGACAAUAACAAAUAGUGAACCAUCAUCUCAAACAAGUGAACAAGAGCGAGAUGAGAUGAAAAAAUAUUUACAAGAAUUUUUUGAGGCGUCAACAAAUAAAAACGUGCCAAUAUCAUCAAAAUAUUGUUGGCUAGAAACAACAAAUCGACCACCCGUACGUAAACGAACGACAAAUCUAUUGCAUCGGAAAAUUUCUACACAAAUUAUUUGUCAAGAUAUUGAAGAUGAAACAUCAUUUGUUAAAUUAUUUUCAAACAUUCCGGAAUUUAUUUCCAAGCAUCAUCAACAUACUAAUGAAGCAAUAAUUGAUAUCAAUCCUGGUCAAGGUGCUCAAUGGUAUCAACCAUUACAACCGCCACCUCAUUCUGAGCAAUACAGAAUACCAAUGUCGAAAUCAUUAAAGAAAGAAAAUAUAUCAAAAAAAUCUCGUACGAACCUUCUUCAUAAAGAAUCAUUUUGUAUGAAUAGAAAUGAUAAUUGUGCGGAUAAAGUUAAACAAACUGAUAUAAUUCAUGAGUGUCAGUAUUUAACAAUAGUUUCGUUUGAAAUAUUUUGUCAUACAAAUGAAACAUAUGCAUUUGCACUGGAUACAGAUGAAAUAUGUUCAUUAUUUUGUACAAAAGCUUAUGAGACAACGAAUGGAUGGAAAAUUCAAUCAUAUGUUCUUAUCUCCAAUAGUCUUUUACGUAUUAAAAAUUCAAACAUUCUGACGAAAUCUUUUCGUUCAUUAGAAAAUAAAACAAUUGAAUCUGUUAAAAAUGAAUUAGAAUUAAUCGAACGAUUUUGUGAAAUAAUGCAACAAUCUGAUCCAGAUAUGAUUGUUUGUUACGAUAUGAAAUUAUCUUUAUAUUAUUUAAUAAAACGAGCAAAAUUAAAAUAUAAGUUAGAUCUAUUAAUGAAAUUAAGUCGUAUCCCAGAACCACAAGAUAAUACUACACGUAGUCGAAGUCAUAUGACUGCUAAUGGAGAUGAUUUACCAGUUAUAAUUGGAAGAGUAGUACUUGAUUUAUGGCGAAUACUGAGAAGUGAAAUAACAUUAAAUAUAUAUACAUUUGAAAAUGCAAUGUACCAUGUAUUACAUGAACGUGUACCACAUUAUGAUAUAAGUCUAAUUUCAAAAUGGCUCAUUGAUGAAGGAUUUAAUCCAUCAUUUGGUUUAAGAGAUUUUGUGAGUCUAUUAGAUUAUGGUUGGAUGCAUUCAGUGGGUAAUUUUCGAUUAAUGCAUGAAUUGGAUUUAAUUAAUAAAACAUCAGAAUUUGCACGAAUAUAUGGAAUUGAAUUUUAUCAUGUUCUUUCGCGUGGUUCUCAAUAUCGUGUUGAAUCGAUGAUGAUUCGACUUGCUAAAUGCUCAGAUUAUGUUACUGUUACUCCAGAUAACAAGCAACGAUUACAUAUGCGUGCACCUGAAUGUAUUGCAUUGACACUUGAACCUAUUUCAAACAUUUAUUUUACGCCCAUAGCUGUAUUAGAUUUUCAAUCGCUAUAUCCAUCAAUCGUAAUGGCAUAUAAUAUUUGUUAUUCGACCUGUCUUGGACGUGUUGAUCAACUUGAUAAACAAGGUCCAUUUAAAUUUGGUUGUACAUCAUUAAAAAUACCUGAUCGGAUUUUAUCAACUUUGAAUCCUGACAAGGAUAUUUUUUGUUCGCCCAACGGUGUUGCAUUUGUUAAAAGACAUAUCCGUCGAGGAAUAUUGUCGGUAAUGCUUGAAGAAAUAUUAGCAACACGUGUUAUGGUUAAAAAUACAAUGAAAUUAGUUGAUAAAAAAUCAGCACUCUAUAAAACAUUAGAUGCAAGACAAUUAUGCUUAAAAUUAAUUGCUAAUGUUACUUUUGGAUAUACAUCAGCUAGUUUUAGUGGACGAAUGCCAUGUGUUGAGAUUGGUGAUACAAUUGUUUAUACUGCUCGUACUGUUCUCGAACGUGCCAUUGAUUUUAUUAAAACAAAUCCACAUUUUGGUGGUCGUGUUGUUUAUGGUGAUACAGAUUCAUUAUUUAUUCAAUUUCCACAUUCAACUCGUGCACAAGCUUUUGAUCAAUCUCAUCUACUUGUUAAAGCACUUAAUCAACUAUACCCAUCACCAAUAAAAAUUAAAUUCGAAAAAAUCUAUUUGCAAAGUGUUUUAGCAUCUAAAAAGCGUUAUGUUGGCCUGUCAUAUGAAACUGUUGAUCAACAACAAGGUAAAUUCGAUGCUAAAGGUAUUGAAACAAUUCGUCGCGAUACAUGUUUCAUGGUAUCGAAAAUUCUUCAACAAUCACUUAAAUUAUUAUUUCAAACGAAAGAUGUAACACGUGUACGUCGAUAUGUUCAAUCUGAAUGUGAAAAAAUUCUAUCCAAUCGUUUUAAUUUACUUGAUUUUAUUUUUGCUAAAGAAUACCGUGGCAAAGAAAGAUAUCAUCCAGCGGCGCCUGUGCCAGCUUUACGUAUUGCAUUAGAACGUGCAAAAACAAAUCCAUUGGCUGAGCCAAAUAAAGGUGAACGUGUACCGUAUGUUAUUGGUUUUAAUUCUGAAUCAUUGAAUGCAAAUUUAAUUGAUUGUGUUUGGACAUUAGAUAGAGUAUUUAAAUAUAAAUCACAAUUUAAACUUAAUUCUAUGUAUUAUAUAAAGAAACAAAUUUUACCAGCACUCGAUCGAUGUUUAGCAUUGAUUGGUGUUAAUGUUUUUAAAUGGAUUGACAAAUUAUCAAUAGAUAUGAAUUCAAAUGAGAAACAACCGGGACAAAUUUUAUUGGAUGGAACUAAUCUUCGGCGGCGAUGUUUUAUAUGUUCACAGUUAACAAAUGCGCCAUUAUGUAAUGAAUGUCGACAUGAAGAAGAUUUAUCUGAAAUAAUGAUUAUAUGUGAAAAUAAAGCAAAUAAAUUCGAACGACAACAUGCUAAUUUACAAAGAUUAUGUUUUGCAUGUUCAGAUCGUAUCGAUGGAUGGUCUCAAUGUUCAACUAUUGAUUGUCCAAUUAGAUUUGGUCUUCAUAAAACUACACAAUUAAUGCAAAAUGCACAAGAAACACGAAUGUUUGUAUAUAAUGAAUGUUAG